AUGGCUCCAACAUUCACAAACUCCAAUGGUGCUCCAAUCCCAGAGCCAUUUGCCACUCAAAGAAUUGGUAAACACGGUCCUUUGUUGAUGCAAGACGUCAACUUGGUUGACUCGUUGGCCCAUUUCGACAGAGAGAGAAUUCCUGAAAGAGUUGUCCACGCUAAAGGUUCCGGUGCUUAUGGUGUUUUUGAAGUUACUGACGACAUUACUGAUGUUUGUGGUGCUGCCUUUUUGGACAAGAUUGGUAAAAAGACUAGAACCGUUACUAGAUUCUCGACUGUUGGUGGUGAGUCUGGUUCCGCUGACUCGGCAAGAGACCCAAGAGGGUUUUCAACCAAGUUGUACACUGAAGAAGGCAAUUUGGAUCUUGUUUACAACAAUACUCCAGUUUUCUUUAUUAGAGACCCAUCCAAAUUCCCCCACUUUAUCCACACUCAAAAGAGAAACCCAGAAACUCACUUGAAGGACGCCAAUAUGUUUUGGGACUACUUGACCUCGAAUGAAGAGUCGAUUCACCAAGUUAUGAUUUUGUUUUCCGACAGAGGUACUCCAGCUUCCUACAGAGAAAUGAAUGGUUACUCUGGCCACACUUACAAGUGGUCGAACAAGAAGGGUGAAUGGUUUUACGUUCAAGUCCACAUGAUUUCUGACCAAGGUAUCAGAAACUUGACUAAUGAAGAGGCUGGUCAAUUAGCUGGUUCUAACCCUGACUUUGCUCAAGAAGACUUGUUCAAGAACAUUGCUGCAGGCAACUAUCCAUCCUGGACUGCUUAUAUUCAAACCAUGACUGAAGAGCAAGCUAAAAAGGCUCCAUUCUCUGUGUUUGAUCUUACCAAGGUUUGGCCACACAAGGACUACCCAAUGAGAAGAUUUGGUAAGUUUACCUUGAAUGAAAACCCAAAGAAUUACUUUGCCGAAGUUGAACAAGCUGCUUUUUCACCAGCAAACACUGUUCCAUACAUGGAGCCAAGUGCUGAUCCAGUCUUGCAAUCACGUUUAUUCUCGUACACCGAUACUCAAAGAUAUAGACUUGGUCCAAACUAUACUCAGAUUCCAGUCAACUGUCCCGUUACCGGUAGAGUUUUCAACCCACACAUGAGAGAUGGUGCCAUGACUGUUAACGGCAACUUGGGCUCUCAUCCAAACUACUUGGCUUCUGACAAGCCAGUUGACUUUAAGAGCUAUUCCAUCCAAGAAGACCAAGAAGUUUGGGAAGGUGCCGCUACUCCAUUCCACUGGAAGGCUACUCCAGCUGAUUUCAAUCAAGCUACUGCCUUGUGGAACACUUUGGCUAGAUACCCUAACCAACAAGCUCACCUUGCACACAAUGUUGCUGUCCACGUUGCUGCUGCCGAUGCCAGAAUCCAAGACAAGGUGUUUGCUUACUUUGGCAAGGUUUCACCAGAGUUGGAGAAGUUGAUCAAGAAGGAAGUUUUGGAAUUGUCGCCAAGAAAGUAG